UACAGGACGAAGAACUCAAUUACGUAGAACAUUCCUGGCCGUGAUGUCAACGAGUAUUCGUAGCUUUUGAGCAGCUAGUCGAUUCAAUCCGUAUUUCCAAAAUACCGAUAGUACUAGUUGCACAACAAAAGUAAUGGCAUGUUUCAUACACUACAUUUGACCCUCUUCGAGUAACGUGCAUCACUGAACCGAUAACAAAUACAUUGCUCGCGAAAACUCCCGAAGGAGGAGGAAGGAAAAAAAUUCACAACAACCAGUCCAAGAGUAGUCUGAAUCGAGUUUCACAAUCGACAAAAGAUGUGAGCCACGAAGUGAACUCAAGGACAAACCAGUCCCACCGCAGUCGCGCCUCGUACGCAACGAGAUGGUUGGUCUCAUGCUCCGAGGUAUUUACCCUCUUGACUUUAAAAGCAUUAUUUCAUGAUGACUCUGGUGGUGGCGAGCACUUGCACUCGUCGGAGUGGCAACUACAAGGUUGGUUCACCAAUACGCAUACGGUUUUCGGGCCGUACUGCGCUAGUAAUCAAGAACGCGCUUCUUCACAGACGCAUGCGCGAUAGCGACAACCAAACAACAGGGAAAGGUUUGCCCGAUCCCCGCAACGUUUUCAAAGCCUUCGUUCUCGCCCUCUUCUGUGGUGAACAGAAUCUUCGGGACGAUGAGAAACGAAGCUGCUUUUCUGGCGGACGAGGCCAAUUCCUCACUUCAUUACAUAUCUACCUUUCCGACGAUCCGCGUCCAGGAUCAACCGAUCAGAAAAAUGCUAGUGUACCACACGCCUGUCACAUUCGCAUGGUUUUCAUGAUAAGAUCUACGGCAGAGAUGAGUGCGCUCAGGCUAGCUGUAAUGGCGAACGGGCAAGAUCAAACCAUUCGAGCCAUCACACAGCAGGCUGAAAACACGUUACUAGUCACCGUUAGUGGGACACUAGUUCAGACCAUGAUCAGUCGCCAUCGCCAGGCUGUAGGGAUGAAAUGUGAUGACGUGGAUCGUGUGCUCGUCGGUCUCUUUGUCUUCCAAAUCAAGAUGUUGCUGAUAGCCCAACCUCCAAUUCCAAUAGUUGAGCUUAACCCGCAAACGAAUGAGUCGGACAAGGGUGGACUGAUCGAUAAGGAGAGGGAAGGAAUGAAUAAGGGCGUAGCCGCGUGGGCUACCUUCGAGGAGAAUUGGGGUGUCUCACGCGAAGAUGGAGAGGGGAAUAUCAAAAAAUUGACUCCUGGACAUGCAUGA